CUGCCCACCCCACUCUAUCCCCCAUUAAUAUGGCCGUAUUCAUGUUAAACGUCUGCAAAUUCAACUCGUGCGGCCUGACGUUCAAGAGCCUGGGACACUUGAUUCAGCACAUCGAGGAAACGCAUAUCGAUUACGAUCCCCAUGUUGUGGAAAAGACGGAACAGCAGCAGCCACCUUGCAUACCAUUGAGUUAUGUUCUUCGUUUCUUGACGGAUGCCGCGAGAAGGGAAAAUAUCAAGCCUGCGCAACCAACCAGGCCCAAUCAGUCUUGCCUCUCUGCCUCGGCGUGUGUGAAAAGUCUCACUCCGACAGGAAGUGAGGCAGAGGAGGGCGAGGAUUUUGUUAGCGAACCAGAGGACAGCAACGAUUCUUGGACUACUUUGGAGGAGUUCUCGACCGAUUUUAUUCUUCGUUACGGUAGCAGGAACAACGCAAGCCAGAACGUAAUUAGUCAGAGUAACAAAGACGACAAGCCGUUCGCUUGUCCAGUGCCAGGUUGUAAGAAACGUUAUAAGAAUGUCAACGGAAUAAAGUACCACUCCAAAAACGGUCAUAAAAAUGACGGCAAGAUACGGAAGGCUUUUAAGUGCCCUUGUGGCAAAAGUUACAAGACACCCUACGGCCUCAAAAAUCACAUGGCGAUACGUCAUAACGGGAGCACGCCCCUUCAGGUGAAGCUACCGCAUGCGUCGAGCAAGCACAGGUUCGAUAGUCAACCCGAUGAGCGAUCGUCCAGGUCCGGAUUCCACAAGAUGCCAAAGAUGAAGGUGUCGGCGAUCCAGGAUCACGGCUAUAUAAAGCAGGAACACCGGCCGCCGUACUUGAUACCUGAAGGGGAAUGCGAGCCUGGCAGUGGCCUAGGUAUCCUAACACCGGCCUCAUCGCCGCCAUUACCGAGCCCCAGUCAGGUGAAAACGAGCUCCGAGCCCUUCUAUCAAAAGGAAAACGCCGACGUGAACUCUAGUCAAGGGCAAAGUGUCCUAAAGUGCAUUAAUUAA